AUGAUCCACUGUAUCAAAAUCCUGGCUUUUCCCUCAAGUCUCUCUUUCCUCCCCAGAGUUCAGCAGCAGAGCUCAGAGGUUCACAGUGAUCAGUCUGCACAGCAGCAUCAGCCAGACCUGGACUCCAUAUUUAUGCUGCUGGAGGAGAACAUGGUCACUUUUGUGAAGAACGAGCUGAAGAAGAUCCAGAGGGUCCUGAGUCCAGAUUACCCAGAAUGCUUAGAGUUGGAUGGUGAGAAUGAAGAGCAAAGGAGGAGCAGCAGAGAGUCAUUUGUGCAGAUCACAAUGAACUUCCUGAGGAGGAUGAAGCAGGAGGAGCUGGCUGAGCGUCUGCAGAGCAGACUUGAUCCUGGAAUCUUUCGACGUAAACUGAGGUCUAAGCUGCAGCAAAAGUUCCAGUGUGUGUUUGAGGGGAUUGCUAAAGCAGGAAGCCCAACCCUUCUGAAUCAGAUCUACACAGAGCUCUACAUCACAGAGGGAGGGACUGGAGGGGUCAGUGAUGAACAGGAGGUCGGGCAGGUGGAAACAGCAUCCAGGAAACCAGUCAGACCAGAAACAACCAUCAGACAGGAAGACAUCUUUAAACCCCCACCUGGAAGAGAUGGACCAAUCAGAAGAGUGAUGACAAAGGGAGUGGCUGGCAUUGGGGAAACAGUCUUAAACCAGAAGGUCACCCUGGACUGGGCUGAAGGCAAAGCCAACCAGGACAUCCACUUCACAUUUCCAUUCACUUUCAGAGAACUGAAUGUGCUGGGAGAGAAAAAGUUCAGCCUGGUGGAACUGGUUCAUCACUUCUUUACUGAAACCCAAGGAAUCUGCAGCUUUGAAGAGUUCCAGGUCGUCUUCAUCUUUGACGGUCUGGACGAGUGUCGGCUUCCUCUGGACUUCCACAGCACUGAGGUCCUGACUGAUAUCACACAGUCCACCUCAGUGGAUGUGCUUCUGACAAACCUCAUCAGGGGGAACCUACUUCCCUCUGCUCACCUCUGGAUAACCACACGACCUGAUCCACACUGGAGUCCAGCGAACAGGGAGAUGAUCCAGUCUCUGGGAAAACUGGCUUUUGAGCAGCUGCAGAAAGGCAACCUGAUCUUUUAUGAAUCAGACCUGACAGAGUGUGGCAUCGAUAUCAGAGCAGCCUCCGUGUACUCAGGAGUGUUCACACAGAUCUUGAUAGAGGAGAGAGGACUGUACCAGGGCCGGAUGUUCUGCUUCAUCCAUCUGAGUGUUCAGGAGUUUCUGGCUGCUCUUCAUGUCCAUCUGACCUUCAUCACCUCUGGAGUCAAUCUGAUGUUAGAAGAACAAACAUCAUCCCAGGAGUCUGAAACAAGAGAAGAGGAAUCUGCAGAGACACUCUUCUACCAGAGAGCUGUAGACGAGGCCUUACAGAGUUCAAAUGGACACCUGGACUUGUUCCUCCGCUUCUUCCUGGGCCUUUCAGUGCAGACCAAUCAGACUCUCCUACAAGGCCUGCUUACACAGACAGGAAGUGGCUCACAGACCAAUCAGAAAACAGUCGAGUACAUCAAAAAGAAGAUCAGCGAGGAUCUGUCUACAGAGAGAAGCAUCAACCUGUUCCACUGUCUGAAUGAACUGAAUGAUCAGUCUCUAGUGGAGCAGGUCCAACAGUCCCUGAGAUCAGGACAUUUCUCCACAGAUAAACUGUCUCCUGCUCAGUGGUCGGCUCUGGUCUUCAUCAUACUGUCAUCAGACAACGAUGUAGCAGUGUUCGACCUGAAGAAAUACUCUGCUUCAGAGGAGGCUCUUCUGAGGCUGCUGCCUGUGGUCAGAGCCUCCAACAAAGCUCUGCUGAGUGGCUGUAACCUGUCAGUGAGAAGCUGUGAAGCUCUGUCCUCAGUUCUCAGCUCCCAGUCCUCUAGUCUGAGACACCUGGACCUGAGUGACAACCACCUGCAGUACUCAGGAGUGAAGCUGUUAUCUGCUGGACUGGGGAGUCCACAUUGUGAACUGGAAACUCUCAGGCUGUCAGGCUGUCUGGUCACAGAGGAAGGCUGUGCUUCUCUGGCCUCAGCUCUGAGCUCCAACCCCUCCCAUCUGAGAGAGCUGGACCUGAGCUACAACCAUCCAGGAGACUCAGGAGUGAAGCUGCUGUCGGUUGGACUGAAGGAUCCAGACUGGAGACUGAAGUCCCUCAGGGUGGACCCUGGUGGACCGCAGUGGAUGAGACCUGGUCUGAGGAAGUAUUUCUGUGAACUGGAACUGGACACAAACACAGUGCACAGAAAACUACGACUGUCUGACAACAACAGGAAGGUGACACGGGUCUGGGAGGAUCAGUUAUAUCCUGAUCAUCCAGACAGAUUUGACUACUGGCCUCAGCUGCUGUGUAGAACUGGUCUGACUGGUCGCUGUUACUGGGAGGUCGAGUGGAGAGGAUGGGUUGAAAUAUCACUGAGUUACAAAGGAAUCAGGAGGAAAGGAGUCAGUUAUGACUGUUGGUUUGGAGGGAAUGAUCAGUCCUGGAGUCUGCACUGCUAUGAGGAUGGUUACUAUGUCAGACACAAUAAGAGAGAAACAUCCAUCCCCUCCUCAGUGUCUCACAGAGCAGCAGUGUAUGUGGACUGUCCUGCCGGCACUCUGUCCUUCUACGCAGUCUCCUCUGACACACUGAUCCACCUCCACACCUUCAACACCACAUUCAUUGAACCUCUUUAUCCUGGGUUCUGGUUCAGUUCUGGUUCCUCAGUGUAUCUGUGUGGUGCGUAGGUGUGAGAUUCUCCUGUGGACAGAAACUCUGAAGAUCAGCUGCUGAGGUCAAAGGUAACUCUGUUCACCAUCCCACUCUCUGCACUGUGAAGCAGAUCUGUCUUCGAGUCAGACACCAAACACUCAUUUGUCUAAUUUCAUCAUUUUAAC